CUGUCAUAUGCCACGUGUAUUAUAGGACACGCACAUGCCUUCGAUACCACAUGUCUAGUUCCACGUGUCAGUUAUUUAGAGAGACACUUGCCUGCGUCCAAAACCAUAACUGUAAACCGUUUAGAAUUCCCUCGCUUUUUCGACUUUCCAAAUUGCAACGUCCUUCUUCUUCCUAUACUCAAGCUACGCACCCUGGCGGCGCAUGUUAUCCAACCCCACGGUGCGCACAUUAGCAAAAGCCUCCCUCUCCUCAGAUCCCGGUACUCCGUUCUACCCUCCAUGUCCUCCGCAUCUGUACAACCAGGACGGAUUAGAAUUCUGAAAAAAGGGUCUCAACCGUCUAAUGGAAAUGCGGGUCCCGUGGUUUACUGGAUGUUUAGGGAUCAACGGCUGAGAGACAAUUGGGCUUUGAUCCACGCCGUUGAUCAGGCCAACAAGGCCAAUGUCCCUAUUGCGGUGGCUUUCAAUCUGUUUGAUCAGUUUUUGGGUGCCAAGGCUCGACAUUUAGGGUUUAUGCUUAGGGGUUUGAAACAAUUAAAUCAUGUUAUGGAAGAAAAUUAUCAAAUCCCGUUCUUCUUGUUUUUGGGAGAAGCUGAAGAAACUAUACCGAAUUUCUUGAGAGAAUGUGGGGCUUCCCUUCUAGUUACAGAUUUUUCUCCGUUGAGAAAAGUUAGAAAUUGUAAAGAGGAAAUUUGCAGAAGGGUUGGUGAGUCUGUGACUGUACAUGAAGUUGAUGCUCAUAAUGUGGUGCCCACUUGGGUGGCAUCUGAGAAAUUGGAGUAUGGAGCUAGGACUAUAAGGACUAAGAUAAAUAAAAAGCUAUCUGAGUACCUUAUUGAUUUUCCUAUACUGAAGCCACCUACUAGAAAAUGGGGUCUUCUUAAUCAAGUGACCGACUGGGAUGUAAUCAUUGCUGAGGUUUUGAGGAAAGGAGCAGAAGUUCCUGAAAUUUCAUGGUGUGAACCAGGAGAACAAGCAGCAAUGGAAGUUUUGAUGGGUAGUAAGAAUGGCUUUUUGACAAAACGGUUGAAGAAUUAUUCUACUGACAGGAAUAAUCCAUUGAAGCCUGGAGCGCUUUCCGGUCUUUCUCCCUAUUUACAUUUUGGCCAAAUUUCUGCACAAAGGUGUGCCUUAGAAGCACGUGCUGUUAGGAAAGCUUCUCCUGAGGCAGUCGAUUCAUUUUUGGAGGAGCUGAUAGUGCGGAGGGAACUUGCUGAUAACUUCUGCUUCUACCAGCCCCAUUAUGAUUCGCUACAAGGAGCAUGGGAUUGGGCACGGAAGACUCUGAUGGAUCAUGCUUCCGAUAAGCGAGAACUUCUUUACACGAGAGAGCAACUAGAGAAGGCACAAACUGCUGAUCCUCUCUGGAAUGCUUCUCAGCUGGAGAUGGUCCACUAUGGAAAGAUGCAUGGGUUUAUGAGGAUGUAUUGGGCAAAGAAGAUUCUUGAGUGGACAAAAGGACCUGAAGAAGCCCUUGAGAUAUCUAUCUUUUUGAAUGACAAGUAUUCAAUAGAUGGAAGGGAUCCAAAUGGAUACGUAGGUUGCAUGUGGUCAAUAUGUGGCAUUCAUGACCAGGGUUGGCGGGAACGGCCAGUUUUCGGUAAGAUACGUUACAUGAACUAUGCAGGGUGCAAAAGGAAAUUUGAUGUGGAUGGUUACAUUAACUAUGUGAAGAAAUUUGUGAGUGAAAUGAAGAAAAGAAAAGCAGAGAACCAGCUCUGUGGAAAGCCAAAAGAACUUCGCAGUUAACAUUUUAGACCUCUCUAAUCUAAAGGCUCUAACUGACAGAGUAAACUUCCGAGUUAGCAUUUUAGACCAAUUUAAUCCAAAGUCAAAGGAAUUUUUCUGUACUUUUCAGAACAGAAUAGUUAGGAAGCCUCUUUUUUCUAAAAGAAAUUGUACCAAUCUGUAGUUUUUUCAGUGCGAGAGAUUUCAAACCAUGGGGCUCUUUUAAAUGUACUUUUGAUUAUAGAAUAUACAAGUGUCGUUAUAUAA